CGGCCUCAGUCACUGCCAGAGAGAGGAAACCCUAGCGGAGGAGCGAGAAAGCAAAGGAGAGAAAGAGAGAGAGAGCAGAGAAAAAAAUGCCGGCAGGACACGGUCUGAGAUCGAGAACCCGCGACCUGUUCUCGCGGCCGUUCAGGAAGAAGGGGUACAUCCCUCUCUCGACCUACCUCAAGACCUACAAGAUCGGCGACCAUGUCGACAUCAAGGUCAACGGCGCCAUCCACAAGGGCAUGCCCCACAAGUUCUACCAUGGCCGCACCGGCCGCGUCUGGAACGUCACCAAGCGCGCCAUUGGCGUCGAGGUCAACAAGCAGGUGGGUAACAGGAUCAUCAAGAAGAGGAUCCAUGUUCGUGUGGAGCAUGUGCAGCCAUCUAGGUGCACCGAGGAAUUCAGACUUAGGAAGAUCAAGAAUGACCAGUUGAAGGCUGAGGCCAAGGCAAGAGGUGAGGUUAUCAGCACCAAGAGGCAGCCCGUCGGUCCUAAACCCGGUUUCAUGGUGGAAGGUGCACAGUUGGAAACUGUCACUCCCAUCCCUUACGAUGUGGUCAAUGACCUCAAGGGCGGUUAUUAGGUCUCAUAUUUUUCUGUUAUCGUUUUGUUUGGUUUGUUUUGCAAACUACAAAUGGACUCGAUUAGCAUGUUUGGAUGUGUUUCCUUGAUUAGUUAUUUAAGGCUUUUAUAAGUUUCCAGACAUUGUUAGUUCUCUUAUUUGAUACUAUUCAAGUACAAUUUUGCUUUACCUUGGAGAUGA